GGGAGCACUGCGCAUGUCCCGAGCACGCGGCUGCGCCUUACAGCCGCCACUGCCUUAUCAAUGUCGGGAGGACCCAAACCUGAACAACUGUAGAUAAUCGCCAUUCAGCUAUUUCAAGAAUAUGAGUAAAAUUAUGAAAACAUCCUUCUGAUGAGUGAAUGUUAGGGGUUAAAUUAGAUUAGUGUCUCUGAUGUGCAAACGUGUUGGUGUCUUCGUGUUCUUGUUACUUCUGUCGCUGGAGUCCCGAGAUUGCACAUCCAGCCAACAGAAUGAUGCCGUCGUCAAGAUAUCACUCAACACAGUACAAGCGUGGGCAGUUAAGCUCGGAACAGAGUUAUACCAUUUCGGAGAAUUUAUUACCAGGAAGAAAGAAGUACAAGAUAGCUUUAAAUCGGCACAAAUCGAAUCGAGAGAUGGAGAAAAGCUAGUUCAGAGUAUGUCAGAUGACAUUCGCGCUAUGAUGGAACUUAAGGUUAGCGCUGUAAAGAGAAUAGUGGAAGCAGCAGAGAACAUGGCGUUUGAUAAGCAAAACGAACCGGUACCGGAGGAUUUUCAGUUUUAUAACAGUAAAGAAAUGGAUGAACCUUAUGACGACAUAUCUAUUACUACAACUGCUGAACCAGAUUUUAGUUUGGAAAAUUGGAUUCCGAGGCCACCGACCAGAAGCGCUCAUAUCGCGCAAAACGCCCACUUUUGGAACAUACCGGUGAAUACGAAUUUCAGCAGUGUUCAUGUGCCAAGCAACGUGUAUGCAUGGGCUACGGAAGUUAUCAAGGGCAUUCACUGGUCGGAAGGAUUAGAUACACAUUUUAUUAAUAACUACCAAAGUGAUCCGACACUUUCGUGGCAAUAUUUUGGUAGCUCCACAGGAUUCAUGAGACAUUACCCUGCAAUGAAAUGGAGAGCAGACCCAGUAGACAUAUUUGACUGUCGAACAAGAGCGUGGUAUAUGGAGGCGGCUGCAAGUCCCAAGGACGUUGUCAUCUUGGUCGAUAGAAGUGGGUCGAUGACUGGGCAAAGGCGGGACAUCGCCAAACAUGUGGUCACAAACAUCCUAGAUACACUGGGCAAUAACGACUUCGUCAACGUCAUGACUUUUGCUGACACUGUCGAAGAACUUGUACCUUGCUUUGAGGAGUCUUUAGUUCAGGCUACUCUAGGAAAUCUUCGGGAAUUGAAACUAGCACUGGACAACUUUGAGACGAUGGAAAUAGCCAAUUUCUCGGCAGCACUCACGAGAGCUUUUGAAUUAUUGGAGAUUUAUAGAAAUAAUAGCGGUGGAGCUAACUGUAACCAGGCAAUAAUGUUGGUUACGGACGGCGUCCCGUACAAUUACAAGGAGAUAUUCGAAAAGUACAACUGGAAGUAUGAGACCCCGGUGCGGGUGUUUACGUACCUGAUAGGUCGCGAGGUAAAGGUGGCAGACGUGAGGGAGGUGAAGUGGAUGGCUUGUGCGAAUCGAGGCUUCUACGUGCAUCUAAGUACACUAGCUGAAGUACGGGAACGGGUGUUGGAACACGUCAACGUCUUGGCGCGACCACUCGUACUUCAGCGAGAAAAACACCCAGUUGUAUGGACACCCGUUUACGCUAAUGUCACCGACCCAAAAGUAGCCGAUUAUUUAUGGGAACAACGCGAAAGAGCAGAACAAAAGGAGCGCUUCAUGAGCCAGAGGAGAGACAAGGCAUUAUUUAACUCCGAGAAAGAACAGGACCGCAGAUGGAGAAUAACACAGAUGAAACAGGGUCAGUACAGCGAGAUUGGCAAUUCGCAAUAUCAGCUCAUGACGUCGGUUUCCAUGCCCGUGUACGACCUACGGCACAACGAGUCCGUAGAGGAGAACGGCCAGAAAGAGAUGCGUAUUGCUAGAUUACUGGGAGUGGCAGGAACAGACGUUCCUCUAACCGAGAUACAAGCAUUGAUGACUCCUUAUAAGAUUGGUGUAAAUGGAUACGCUUUCAUCGUGACUAACAACGGAUACAUCUUGAUACAUCCUGAUCUGAGGCCCGUAUUCCAGCAAAUUCUCAAACCAAGCUACAACAGUGUCGAUAUGAUAGAAGUUGAACUCUUUGAUGACGAUAGAGGGCCUAGAAACUUUAGCAAAGAACUCACUGCGCUCCGAAAAGAAAUAAUCGAUCAAAAGACGGGAAAUAAGAUUAUGAAUGUCAAAUAUCAUAUGGAUGAUAUGAAAAGGGUGUCACGUGGCAAGAAGCAUUACUUCUGGACUGGCAUCAGUGACUCGCCAUUCACCUUAGUGGUGACCAUUCCAGAGAACUAUGGUCGCCAUCGCAUCACCCCUCCUCCGACCGACGACAUCCACCGCCUUUCGCUAACCUCGAAGAAUAUUACAGCUAAGCAGUACUUGUCUGACAAAUGGAGUGUGCACCCUGAUUGGUUGUACUGCCGCCAUUACGAGCGCACAUUCGCAACUGCGGAGGAGGAAUUGUCAUAUUUCCUGGAGCGCGUUGCCAAGCCAGGCUGGCGGUGGCCAGCCAAGCCGCGCCCGCCUGAGCAUCACAAGAGCAAGGGACAUGAGCGACAUAACAACGGCACACCUGAGACAAAGGAACGGAAAAUAUCAAACAACCAGCCGAAAAAUGAAUAUUAUUGUGAUCAUGGACUUAUGCAAGCAUUGGUCUAUGACGCCAGGAAUACAGUCUGGUUCAACAAGAGCAUAUCGGAGUCAGCCUCGGAUGAUAAGGCGGCCGAGUUCAUUCAGAGAUUCGGGUACAUCGUGGCUUUUAUGGCCACCCACAGUGGACUCACACGCUGGCAGACACAUCCGCCAAGGGAACAUGACAACGACAAGCCUGAAUUCGGGAAGCAAUACCCUCGAGCAAUAGACGAAGUCUGGUAUCGUCGUGCCGUCGAGCAGCAUUAUGUGGACCCACUGAGUUACGUCUACAGCGCAGAUCUCAACACUGAUAAGUUUCCAUUGAACGUUAGUGCAGCCAUGGUAACAGCCUCUCAUGCCGUGUUCCAUGGAGACGGACACAGGAAGGCGCCAGCAGCAGUAGUCGGGUUUCAAUUCAAACAUGAACGCCUAAGGGAAUGGUUCGAGAAUAUCACUUCGUCGUGUGAACACAACAAGGAAUGCGUCACGUGUGAAUCAGAUAACUGGGACUGCUACCUAGUGGACAAUAAUGGAUGGAUCGUGGUUAGCCAAGACAGCAACCAGACGGGACAGUUCUUUGGGAAGGUCCGACCGGAUAUCAUGACGAAGUUAGUGGAAGACGAAGUGUUCAGACCGGUACACAUCAUAGACUAUCAAGCGGUUUGCUUUCGGGAAAAGAAGACGACCAAUUUCGCGUCAAUGUUGAUUACGCCGUUAGAAAAUCUGCGUCUGAUCAUGGCAUGGUUCUUGGCAACGUCGAUGUGGCUCUACAACUCUAUAGCUGUAGGUUUGGCUCAAGCCAGUUAUUCCUUCGACGACGAAUAUGUUACACCCACCGCGUAUCAGAAUUACGAGAACGACGAAGAGACGGACGACCCGUAUAUGUCGAACAAGCCUCCGUCACGGGCGGUGGAGAGAGACUUCGAGAAGCUGGUGCUUAUCAACCGGACACGGCCAACGCCCUGCGACAGGGAGAUGUACCUCUACCAACUGGAGUACAACAACUUGGAAGACAAGUUGAGCAAGCCGCUGAACGACUGCAAGCGUCCCUUCUACGCGCAGCUGGUGAACUACACCAACAUGCUGCUGGUGGUGGUGGACGCGCUGUGUGCCCGCGAGGACGUCACGCUGACGGCCAUCGACGCAAACGAGGUGCAGUACAACGAGUCGCUGCCUUGCCUCAAGCACAUGCACCCGCUGUACAGGAAGCAGCCCGCCUCUUGCAUCAGGAAUCACACGGAGGAGAGCAACAUCGACAUGUGCGGCCGCGGCAGCCUACCUCAUAAAAACAUACUCUGGAUUCCAUUGACAAUACUUUCAUUAUUGAAAUAUUUCUAAAAAUCUGCGUAUCAAAAUUUUAUCUUAUUAUGAGACGGAAUUAACUACUACAAUUUUGUUAUUGCGUGUAAUAGUUUAUUGAAGAACCUACCUAGAUUAUUAAUGUAAUAGAAACGUCUAGUCAACAUUAUAUUAUAUGAUAAUUAUUUUGUUAUGAGCAUUAUAAAGUCUAUUAAUUUUUAGUUGUUGUACAAGCUAGGAAAAUAUAAAGUACAUGUCAUUCCCACAUAUCACACAAGUAAUUUCAUAUUUUGUAUUUGUAAGAUUAUUAUUAUUAGAUGUACCUAUGCUCCCAAGGUGCCAUGAUAUCUAUGAGGCAUUGUGUGUUGUCAUAUCAAAAAUAGGAAGUAAUUUUUAACUCCUUUAUUAAAAUAUUAGGCUAAUGAAGAAUGAAGUACUAUUGUGUGAGGAUUCAAUAAGAAUAUAUUGAAUUAAUUAGAUAGCUUUUGUAAACAAAUUGGCUUUUUGCAUUCUAAUAAAUCCUAUUCUUUAC